CCGAUCUCCGUUCCUGGUCCAGUUAUGAACAAACUCAAUCUAUCUCUUCAAUCCAACAGAUAAGCGCAUGCAUGUGACGCACCAUGAACAGCCGUUCACACGGAGACUACCGUAUCCAUAGGCGGAUAAUUUCCCCCGCAUCAUCGUCCAACCACCCCUCCAGUCGGUUAUAUUGCGACGCGUGUUCCUCAGCCCACACGAUGCUUGUGCCCCUUUUCCCCGCCUGAAGAACCGGAUCAUCCGGGGCGGUCCACGAAUCGCGACCAACAGCAGCGGAAUUGGCUUUUCGUGAGCAUUCUCAUUGGCGAUGAGGCCAGGAACCAACCCUGAUCAUGCGGUCAUUGACAGGGGUCGGAAAUAUGCUACAUGCAGACCUACAAUAAGAGGAGCAGGGAAAGCAUAUAAGAGUACCUGCAGGACCCCCUCCCCAGACCCUCUGCUCAGGAUCGCAACACAGUGAACAACAUGCAGUUCCGUAGCGGAAUCGGGCUCCUCGCCCUCACCUUCCCCUCCCUCAUUGGGGCCAUAUCUUCCUCCCCCCUCUCUACUUCCGGGCGAUGGAUCGUCGACUCCGACGGAAACAACGUUACCUAUGCGGGUGCGAACUGGCCCGGGGCUGAAGUGGCCAUGUUACCUGAGGGUCUGCAGUACCAAUCCAUCGAGUAUAUCGUCGGCAAGUUGAAGGAUUUGGGGAUGAAUGUUAUCCGACUUACGUUUGCGAUUGAGAUGAUUGAUGAUAUCUAUGAGAAUGGGGCAGAUGUGCCUAUCAAGACGUCGUUGAUUAAUGCCUUGGGGGAGACCAAUGGAACGAAGAUCUAUGAGGAUAUUGUUGCCAAUAAUCCGCAGUUUGGAGAGAAUACCACUCGGUUGGAGGUCUACGACGCAGUCGCUACCGAAUGCUACAACCAAGGUAUCUACGUGCACCUGGACAACCACGUCUCCAAAGCAUCAUGGUGCUGUUCGACUACCGAUGGCAAUGCCUGGUUCGGAGAUACCUACUUUAACGUUUCGAACUGGCAUCGCGGAUGGAGAUAUAUGGCUGAGCAUGUAAAAUCUCUCCCCGCGGUAAAAAGUAUCGGGAUGCGCAACGAACUGCGCAGUCCCGACGACGACACCACCCUCGCCGACACCAGCUACAACUGGGAUAAUUGGUACACCAACAUGGUCGAGAACGCGAACCAAGUGCACGAGGUGAAUUCCGACCUGCUCCUCUUCUUCUCGGGCUUGGACUACGACACCACGCUCUCCCCUAUCCCCACCGCCUCGAACCUGGGUAACUCGACAUAUUUUAAAAAGAGUGACUUUAGCUUUGCGGAUAAAAUCGUGCUCGAGCUCCACAAUUACGAUUCCUCGGCUACCAGCUGCAGCAGUCUUUCUUCCAGUUUACUCACGGAUGGAUUCGACGCCCUGGAGACCGACGACUCGAGCAUAGUGAAUGUUCUGCCGGUGGUCAUGACGGAAUUUGGAUACGAGCAGGAUGAUACUACCUAUACGGAGGUAUAUGCGAGCUGUUUGAGGGAGUGGCUGCCUAGUGAGCAUGCCGGAUGGAUGAUUUGGGUGCUGUCGGGGAGUUAUUACAUCCGCCAGGGGAUUCAAGAUUAUGAUGAGACAUGGGGGUUGUUGGAUCACACAUGGUCUGACUGGCGCUCAACCGAGGCGAUCGAGAACGGGAUCAUCCCAAUGGUAGAGGCGAGUCUGGGAUGAUUGCAACCAAAUCACAUAGCUUUCUUCAUCCAUCAACGAUAGCGAUAGUGCUAGCACAGUAAUAGCAAUCUCCAC